AUGACAGCCACCAGGCCUCAGUCUCCCCGAUAUUUUACCGAAUAUUUGCCUCGGCUGUGUUCUGUUUCAAUAUGCGUGGAGCUACGGAGGCAAGAGCUUGAGAAGCUUUCUAUUAAAGCCAAUCAACUGUUAGUUUCCACCAAGACGCAAAUCGUCUCCAUCCCGCUGGCGGGAAAAACCGCAGACUACGAUGACGUCUUGUCCUUCGCUCGAGUUGAAAAUGGCUUUGUUACUCUGAAAGUCCCUGCUUUGGCUGAUAAAGCCGCUAGCAGCAUCGAUCAGCUAACAAGCACUGAUGAUUCGAUCUGGUCGAUCAGAGACUUGAAACAGCACCCCCAAGGCGUAUUUGAGUGUGCGGCAUGCUCCCAGCCAAUCGCAGAUCUCUCAAAAAUAAGAAAGCUUCACCCUAUGCCAUCGGAGAUGUGGUAUGAAAUGAUGGAGUUUUGGCACUGCCACAAACCUACGAAUGGUAACUAUACCAACGACAAAAUCGCCGAUCGGUUCAACAAUCUGAGGCCUGCUUCGGACACACUGAUCGCUGCCACCAGACUCUCGGAGAGGUAG